UGGGUGUCUGUGUGUGGCAAGAACAAGGGGAGACGCGCACAUCCGCGUUCGGAGAGAGGGAGAGAGAUGGUGAACUUCGUAGAGAUGCAGAAACCGCUCAUGCAUGGCCUCAUGAAGAGGGCCGGGAUCCUCCCCCACACGGUGGAAAUCGAGCCCGGCACCGCCAUGAACUUCUGGGUGCCGCGCGAGACCAUCAAGAAGCCCGACAAGAAGGCUAAGGGCAAGGGCGAAACAAGAGAAACAGUCCUUGUUGGCCCCACGAAGCCCGCGGUCGUCCUCAUCCACGGCUUCGCCGCCGAGGGCAUCGUGACAUGGCAGUUCCAGGUCGGCGCGUUGACGAAGAAGUACGCCGUUUACAUCCCCGACCUCAUAUUCUUCGGCGAGUCGGUCACCGACAAGAGCGACCGGUCGCCGGCAUUCCAGGCUGAGUGUGUGGUGAAGGGGCUGAGGAAGCUCGGCGUCAAGACAUGCACAGUGGCGGGGUUUAGCUACGGCGGGAUGGUCACGUUCAAGAUGGCGGAGAUGUUCCCGGAGAUGGUCCGAGCCUUGGUGAUAUCGGGGUCGAUACUGGCCAUGACGGAUUCGAUCAGCGGCGAGACGCUGCAAAGGCUCGGGUUCUCUUCUUCGUCUGAGCUCCUGUUGCCAACGUCCGUUAAGGGCCUGAGGGCGCUUCAGUCGGUCGCCAUGCACCGGAAGAUUUGGUUCCCUGACCGGUUUCACAAGGACUACCUCGAGGUGAUGUUUACAAACAGGAAAGAGAGAGCCGAGCUGUUGGAAGCUCUUGUCAUCAGCAACAAGGACGCUUCCAUUCCUAACUUCUCCCAGAGGAUACAUCUCCUCUGGGGUGAAAAAGAUCAGAUCUUUAAGCUGGAGCUGGCUCAGAACAUGAAAGAACAGCUAGGAGAGAAUGCAACCGCGGAGGGCAUCAAGAAGGCGGGACACUUGGCUCACCUUGAGAGGCCCUGCGUGUACAACCGGUGCUUGAAGCGGUUCCUUGCCUCAGUCCAUCAAAGCGAAGCCGACAAAUGAGAUCGACUCUGCUUUUGUGCUUUCAUUGUUUUUCUUGCUCUCUAGCCUCAGUCCAAUGUUUGUGAUGAUUUGAGUGAGCGAACAUUUCCUCUGAACAAAAUAAUGAAAUGGAAGUAGAAGAGGAGUGCAAAUUUGUUUCCUUUUCUCC